GUUGGUGAGCACUGUGAGAGAGUGUACUGGUAUGUGAGACGGAGCUGGUGAUUAGCCCAGACCACCGGAUUAGAUUAGAGGUGGGUAGCCCGUGCCUGUGCUCUGUUUGGUUCCUUGACAGCCUGUUACAGUUCAGUGUCGAGGAGUGAGUACUGGCAAUUGUUUGCUUGAGAUGGUAGUGGUUUGCAUUGUUCUACGAGGAAAUUUUUUUAGUUCGUAUUUAGAUGUUAUAUAUGCUGUUUUUUUUGGCGAAUCUGGUCGAACAUUCUCUUCAGAAUUAAACUUUGUCUGGGUAGUUGUUUCUUUGUUUUCUGUAGUGCAGUGUCAUGGAGAGUUUCAUACUUUGUGUGCGCACUUAGGGUUUUUUUUUUUGCGAAGGGAUAUGGAUUCAUUAAAAGGUGGAAAUACAUCCCCAAAUUACAUCCACACCCUGGAAAGAAAAGAAAAUUACAAAGAUGUCCGAGAAGGACUUGUUUGUAAAACGCUCUUCUUCCAGCUUCUUCCAUCUUCCCGACGCCGCGGCGCCGAUGCUGCUCGCCGCCCGCCGCCGUGCUUCCCAGCAGACCUCAACCAAGAAGACCACAUGUAAAGCCGCAAGAGACAAUGACCCAGACCCACCGUCAAGCCAUAUGUGAAUCGUUGAAAGGACAUCGGCAUCUUCAACGCCAAGAAAUCGCCGGGACCAUCCGCCGCCGCCGGCAGGACUGACGGCCAGAAUCCACAUCCCACCCAAGGGGAUGACAGGAAGCUCACAUCCCUUCGCCGGAAUGAAGCAGCAAGACCCCACCGAGCCAUCUCCGACGAACACCGAAGCGCCGGAAAUUAUUUGGGGGGGAAAGAAGCUCACCCGCUUAGCGCAGGAGAAGACGAAGCCAUCAUCACCGGAGCAAAGGACGGGAAGCACCAACUGACACAGCCUCAGCUUCGCAGCCCUGUCCGACACGCCAUUGACGGCAAGUACACCGGAGACGAAGAGGAGGGGCAAAAGAACCACCCAACGCCAAGGAGACGUCGUGGAUAAGGAAGUUAUAACCUAAACCCUAGGUAGUAAGCUAUACAAUUGGAUCCGCGCGUUGGUUCGCCGGAUCCCCACCUCCACCGGCGCCAGAGCGGCCGUCGGAGGCAGGGAGCCGGCGAGCACAACGGCGGACCAACGAUUUCGCCCUGUCGCCGCGCUCUGUACUGUAGCAGGGAAAGGGGAAAGGGGAAAGGAUCAGUUGCAUGUAUUUACUUUUUGUGCGUGAACAUUCGGAUUGCCCAAGUUUGGGAAUAUUCACUUGCAAUAUUGUCGUCCCGUUGCCUGUAUUUUAACUGCGAAUCACUUUUUUUCUCUGUGGAGCUUCGUCUUUUCCUGAUGUUGGUACUUUUUCCUUCUUUUUACCCUAUGUUCACAUUCGCUUUGCUGUUUGCAGAUGACAUCUUGAUACCCCCUGCCUGAGUCUUCAGAGGGUGUCAUCAGAGCCCCCUCCGCGAUACAUUGUUUGGUAUAAAAUCGGUUUAAUAGAAGAUGCCGAGGUCUGAAUCAGACAGUGAUGAUAUUUUCUUCGACGCAUUUGAAGAUGUUCGAUCACCAAGGGAGCCUUCAUCCCCGGAGGAUUGCACCACGAGUGAUGAUGUUUCAGUGCCAAGGAAAUUUGAGUAUGAGAUCUGGGCAAAUGAGCCAAUGAGUGUUCAAGAAAGGCGGCAAAGGUUCCUUAAGGGAAUGGGAUUCGAUGAAUUUGUUUCUACUAGGAUGGAUUCUUUUCAGUCCCAUGGGGAAAUCACAACAGUUGAGUCUUUCACCGACAUGGAGGAGAGAACUCUCAGUGGCCAUUCUUCCUUGGAUUCAUCUGUUUGUGACAAUGAAUCAGAAUUUGACGGUGCCUGUUGCAUAAAGGAUAUGGAUAGUGGAAAGAGAUAUAUAGUUCACAAUGCACAUAGCAGCAUAACUAACAUGCUGAAGGAGGUUGGAUCAGAUAAGGUGAUGUCUCUUAUGGAGUUUGAGAGCCUGCUUGGCCUCUCCCGAUCUGUUCAAAAAUUUCUACGGAGAGGCUGUGGUAAUAGUCCUGCAGGAGAAACAAAAGGUGCCAAGAAAAAGGAUGUCAAAAGCUUGUGGAAGACAUUCAUGACAAAUAGAAGUUUUGGUGGCAUUUGCAAGUAUGAUGUCCAUGUAAAAAACAGCAUAACAGCUGUACCAACAAGAACAAGAGUUCAACAUCGGAAGAAAAAUUUUCUUGAAUUCUCUGCUGUCUACAUGGAUCAAGAAAUCAAAGCUCACAAGGGUUCAAUUAGGGUCAUGAAAUUCAGCCCAUCUGGCUGGUAUUUAGCAAGCGGUGGUGAGGAUUGUGUUGUACGAAUAUGGCAAAUCAUAGAAGUAGAAGUAUCUCCUAAGUUGUAUAAGGGAGAGGAUCCCUACGAAAAAGUGGAGAAAGUUCAAGUCUUUAAGACAAAUAUAGGAAAGGGGCAGAAUCAUGGACUUGCAGUUAUACCCAAGAAGGCUUUUCGAAUUUCAGAGACUCCAUUACAUGAAUUUCAUGGACAUACAAGCGAUAUCCUCGACAUGACAUGGUCAAAAUCAGAUUAUCUCUUGACUUCGUCUAAAGAUAAGACAGCGCGCUUGUGGAAACCUGGCUGUGAUGGUUGUCUUGCAGUUUUCAAACACAAAGACUAUGUGACAUGUGUCCAAUUCAACCCUAUUGAUGAGAGAUACUUCAUCAGUGGUUCAUUAGAUGGUAAAGUGCGCAUUUGGGAUGUGUUGGACCGGCGAGUAACCGACUGGGCUGAUACACGGAAUAUCAUAACUGCUUUGAGUUACCAACCAGAUGGAAAGGGUUUCAUUGUUGGCACUAUUGCAGGAGCAUGCCGCUUCUACAAUCAUUCAGGUGAAAACAUCCAGCUAGAGAGAGAAUUAUUUGUGCAAGGGAAGAAAAAGUCAGCUUUCAGUCGGAUCAACAGUCUGAAGUUAUGUACAAGUGAUUCCAGUAGGGUUAUAAUUGCAUCAGCCGAUUCUAAAAUUCGAGUCGCCGAUGGAGAUACAAUCAAAAAGUUUGAAGGGCCAUGGAAGUCGAAGGCUCUAUCAUCACCGUCUCUAACUUCCGACGGCAGAUACCUUAUCUCCGCCGGCAAGGACUCCAAUGUCUACAUCUGGAACUACGCCAACUCGGGAGACGCCAAAUCAGUUCACUCUUGCGAGCUGUUCUUCUCCAAGGACGUGACCACCGCUGUGCCAUGGCCUGGAGUGCGCCAGGACGGGCGCGCCAAGCCUCCCUGCCUGGCCGAGAAAUCCUCCGGCGCGCCCGCUCUACGCUGGCACGGGGAGUCCCGGUCCCCCGGGCCGUGGUCCUUCGCCGACGGCCCCAAGGGGUCGGCGACAUGGCCGGAGGAGAAGCUGCCCUCCGCCGCGAAGCCUGAGAGCGGCCCGCAGCUGGGCGACUGCCUCUCCGCCAUCUCCGCCGCGUGGAGCACGGUCAUCGUGACCGCCAGCCGCGACGGCGUGAUCCGGUCUUUUCCCAACUACGGCCUGCCCGUGAGACUCUGAGCCGCGCGGGCCGCCGGUUUGAUCCGGUCAGGGGAGCGCAGCCGUGGUUGGUGACUGAUAACCCCGCUAACACACCUUGAAUUCUUUUUUUUUUGUCAGAGUACCUAGAAAUUCUUUUUUGUAACAUUUGUUCAGAUCGUGAGCUUCUGAUGAGGAAGAGACGAUCUGUAGUCGGUCCAAGUGCAAACGCUUGUGCUGCUGCCCGUAUCUUUUUGCUGAAUGGUUUGUUAAGUGAGCAGUAAAAAAAGAGCCAUUCAGUUAUCACCUGCA